AAACUUCCUCAAACACAGCGUCGAGCGUUUUUUCGGUUCGUCCGCCGCUGGUUUUCUUCGCUCCCCCCUCCCGACAACCUCCCUGGCGCGCGCAGUUCCACUUCCGGCGUAUGAGGCGGUGACAAUGGGAGCAGCGCGGGCGGCGCCAGGAGGCAGCUGACAGGCUUUGCGGCUUCGCUUCAUGGCCGCUCUCCCGCCCCGCCUGGGAUCUGUGGGGAGUUGGGGAGCCCGCGGCGGCCCGGAGCCGGAGCUAGCGAGCCGAACGGAGACCUGUGCGCCGCGCCUCUGAGGCGCAGCAUGUGAAGCGGAGACGGCAUCCAGUGCGGGGCGAGCCUCUCAGCCGGCCGGGAUGGCUACCACGGCCGAGCUCUUCGAGGAGCCUUUUGUGGCAGAUGAAUAUAUUGAACGUCUUGUAUGGAGAACCCCAGGAGGAGGCUCUAGAGGUGGACCUGAAGCUUUUGAUCCUAAAAGAUUAUUAGAAGAAUUUGUAAAUCAUAUUCAGGAACUCCAGAUAAUGGAUGAAAGGAUUCAAAGGAAAGUAGAGAAACUAGAGCAACAAUGUCAGAAAGAAGCCAAGGAAUUUGCCAAGAAGGUACAAGAGCUGCAGAAAAGCAAUCAGGUUGCCUUCCAACAUUUCCAAGAACUAGAUGAGCACAUUAGCUAUGUAGCAACUAAAGUCUGUCACCUCGGAGACCAGUUAGAGGGGGUAAACACACCCAGACAACGGGCAGUGGAGGCUCAGAAAUUGAUGAAAUACUUUAAUGAGUUUCUAGAUGGAGAAUUGAAAUCUGAUGUUUUUACAAAUUCUGAAAAGAUAAAGGAAGCAGCAGACAUCAUUCAGAAGUUGCACCUAAUUGCCCAAGAGUUACCUUUUGAUAGAUUUUCAGAAGUUAAAUCCAAAAUUGCAAGUAAAUACCAUGACUUAGAAUGCCAGCUGAUUCAGGAGUUUACCAGUGCUCAAAGAAGAGGUGAAAUCUCCAGAAUGAGAGAAGUAGCAGCAGUUUUACUUCAUUUUAAGGGUUAUUCCCAUUGUGUUGAUGUUUAUAUAAAGCAGUGCCAGGAGGGUGCUUAUCUGAGAAAUGAUAUAUUUGAAGAUGCUGCAAUACUCUGUCAACGAGUGAACAAACAAGUUGGAGAAAUCUUCAGUAAUCCAGAAACAGUCCUGGCUAAACUUAUUCAAAAUGUAUUUGAAAUCAAACUACAGAGUUUUGUGAAAGAGCAGUUAGAAGAAUGUAGGAAGUCUGAUGCAGAGCAAUAUCUCAAAAAUCUCUAUGAUCUCUAUACAAGAACCACCAAUCUUUCCAGCAAGCUGAUGGAGUUUAAUUUAGGUACUGAUAAACAGACUUUCUUGUCUAAGCUUAUCAAAUCCAUUUUCAUUUCCUAUUUGGAGAACUACAUUGAGGUGGAGACUGGUUAUUUGAAAAGCAGAAGUGCUAUGAUCCUACAGCGCUAUUAUGAUUCAAAAAACCAUCAAAAGAGAUCCAUUGGCACAGGAGGUAUUCAAGAUUUGAAGGAAAGAAUUAGACAACGUACCAACUUACCACUUGGGCCAAGUAUCGAUACUCAUGGGGAAACUUUUCUAUCCCAAGAAGUGGUGGUUAAUCUUUUACAAGAAACCAAACAAGCCUUUGAAAGAUGUCAUAGGCUCUCUGAUCCUUCUGACUUACCAAGGAAUGCCUUCAGAAUUUUUACCAUUCUUGUGGAAUUUUUAUGUAUUGAGCAUAUUGAUUAUGCUUUGGAAACAGGACUUGCUGGAAUUCCCUCUUCAGAUUCUAGGAAUGCAAAUCUUUAUUUUUUGGACGUUGUGCAACAGGCCAAUACUAUUUUUCAUCUUUUUGACAAACAGUUUAAUGAUCACCUCAUGCCACUAAUAAGCUCUUCUCCUAAGUUAUCUGAAUGCCUUCAGAAGAAAAAAGAAAUAAUUGAACAAAUGGAGAUGAAAUUGGAUACUGGCAUUGAUAGGACAUUAAAUUGUAUGAUUGGACAGAUGAAGCAUAUUUUGGCUGCAGAACAGAAGAAAACAGAUUUUAAGCCAGAAGAUGAAAACAAUGUUUUGAUUCAAUAUACUAAUGCCUGUGUAAAAGUCUGUGCUUAUGUAAGAAAACAAGUGGAGAAGAUUAAAAAUUCCAUGGAUGGGAAGAAUGUGGAUACAGUUUUGAUGGAACUUGGAGUACGUUUUCAUCGACUUAUCUAUGAGCACCUUCAACAAUAUUCCUACAGUUGUAUGGGUGGCAUGUUGGCCAUUUGUGAUGUAGCCGAAUAUAGGAAGUGUGCCAAAGACUUCAAGAUUCCAAUGGUAUUACACCUUUUUGAUACUCUGCAUGCUCUUUGCAAUCUUCUGGUAGUUGCCCCAGAUAAUUUAAAGCAAGUCUGCUCAGGAGAACAACUUGCUAAUUUGGACAAGAAUAUACUUCACUCCUUCGUACAACUUCGUGCUGAUUAUAGAUCUGCCCGCCUUGCUCGACACUUCAGCUGAGAUUGAAUUUACAAAGGAAUUCAAUGUCAGUUCCUUUACAGAGGAAUGUCUUGUACUUCAGCAGGCCUCGGUUGAUAGCACAGGAGAUACCUUAUGACACAGCCAACAUUUUGUGAAACAAUGACUGGAACGAAACAGCAGCCAUACUUACCUUUGAGGUUUUAUUUAAAGUUUGGAUACCACUAGCUAUAUUUUGCUUUUUUCCCCUUAUGUUGAAUUUUAAUUCCAUUCUUGAAUGUAGAAAUUUCAGAUUCUCUAAAACUACGUGUCGCUGUUUUCAUCCUAGAAAAUGUUGCUGUCAGAAGGCAAAGGGAAUGUUACCAGUGUUUUAGGUUCUUGUACUUUUAACAUAUUCCAUUUAGAAAUUUUGCCAUUCUGUUUUCCAUUAAUAAUAGGCGAAAUACAGGAAAACUACAUUUGUUAUUCCUCAGUUUUUAAUGACCUUUUCAGCAUCCAUUGUUAAUCAAAUUAUUUUAGGUUUUCGUAAAUAAUUUUUUUGCCUCUUUCAAAAGGUUAACAAGCAUACUUUCUGUAGUUUGGAUUUUUUUCUGAGGUACAUUAAUCUAGUCUAAAAAAUGUCAUAAACUGAACUAAAAUGAUGAAAUAUUUUAUGUAGACAUUAGGAGUGGAUCAGAAUACUUCUGCUUUCUGGGUAAAACUUAAAAGUUUACUAUUUCUUAUUUGGUAAAUAGAUUUUAAGCCAAUUCUACUAAGAAAUUAAUAAAACUACCUUAUUUUAUAUUCCACUUAAGGUGGAGGACCUUAACUAAAGGACCAUAUUUAUUCAUUAUUUUAAUAUUAUAAGGGAAGUAAAAAAAAAGUGAGGUAUAGUCUAAAUGGUGCAUAUAAGAAAUAUUGACAGUGUUUAGCAACAAUGAAGCCCUUUAAGAUUUCUGUUGUAAUGCUAAACUUGAAUUAGAUGGAAUGGCUGAACAUGUGGUUAGUCUUUUAUUUUAAGAGGAAUUGAGAAUUGAUAGAUUUGGAGAUGAGCUUUGCAAAGACUGGUUGCUUUUCAUGUCUAUAGGUCUGUCAUUGUCCUUUUUCAAAGCCUUUCUGAAGUUAUUCCUACUUGGAUAUAGUUAAUGGAAUUGGCUUACUUUGAUGACAUAAUAAAUCAGUUAUAAAAUUUUAAACAUCAAGUGAAAAUUUAGAAAGGCCAUUAGUAUUCUAUAAACCUUAUAAACUUGCUCUGGGAGAAUUCAUUCUAGAUUAUAUGUAGUGUUUCAGCUCCCAUUGUGUUGUUCAUAGUCUUCUAGGAACAGAUAAGUAUUCAAUUCACUCUUGGCAUUUUUUCUUUAAUAUAGGUUUUUUAGCCUAUUUGUGGAAAACUGCUUUUCUUCUGAGAACCUUAUUCUGAAUGUCAUCAACUUUACCAAACCUUCUAAGUCCAGAGCUAACUUAGUAUUGUUUAAGUUACUAUUGACUGAAUUUUCUUCAUUUUCUGUUUAGUCCAGUGUUACCAAGGUAAGCAAGGGAAUGAAGUAUACCGACUUCUUUCAAAGCAUUUUAGGACAUUAUGGCAGCUUUAGAAGGCUGUCUUGUUUUCUAGCCAAGGGAGAGCCAGAACAGGUUUUGGUUACUAGAGAAGGUCAUAUGCUUGUACUGUUGCCAUUUUAGAAAGCUCUGAUGUGAAUUCAAAUUUUACCUCUGUUACUUAAAGCCAACAAUUUUAAGGCAGUAGUUUUACUGGCCAUUUAAGCUCUUUGUACGGUGUCAAUUUGUAAAAAAGAAAAAACGAAAAAAAAUCUCAAAUAAAACAUGAGAUAACAUUUUAAGACUUCCAAAUCAGAGAAGUGCUUCAAAUUAUUUUGUUUGGAUUAAUUUUUAAAAUGUAAAGCAUAUACUUGUUGCUUAGUUAUUUUGUUAAUUAUUUUCAUGCUUGAGUUCUGUGCAAUAUUUUCUAUUAUGUCCGUUGAUAGGACAGUGACAAAAUUCAUAAGUGAAUACUUAAUUUAGAAGUGUUAACAUUAAUGCUCAAUAAACAAAUUCCCUGCA